AUGUCAAAAUACUAUCUUGUGGUCACCACCCACAAAGACGAGAAAUUGGGAUCUCGCCCUCCAUUAUGGGUCAAUUUCGGCGAUACGGGAUGCUUAGUAAAAGUUAUCCGAGACAUAUUUGGCAGUGAGAGUCAUUAUUGCUCACUAAAUAUAAAUUCAACAAUUCUUGUUCCGUAUAUCACAUGGCUUGUUGCAAUUAAUGGCGAAGAGUACUGGCAAUCUCACAACGAUGGCGCUCCUAUUCCGAUUGAGCGUCCGAAGAGGCUUCAGCAAUGGAACUGCCUUCAGCAGCUCCACAUCCCUAGCCUCCCUCCUCCAACCCAGCUCCUUCCUGCCCUGUCCGCAUCCAAGCUCCCCUUUUCUUCCUCCUCCUCCUCCUCGGCCUCCUCUUCCUCAUCUCCUUCCUUCACCCUCUCCCGCAAAGAGGACUACUGGGCCAAGAAUCGACGUCUCAACAGGCCUGUGUCACCACAUCUCACCAUCUACAAGCCGCAGGUUACUUCACUGCUGUCACUGAGUCACAGAGCAACUGGCCUUGGACUCUCUGCCUUGAUAUCCGGCUUUAGCAUUGGCAUGCUGGCUGUCCCUGGGUCAUACCCACACUACUUGGAGCUGAUCCAGUCCAUGGCCUUAGGGCCUGUGAUCAUCUUUGGGGCCAAGUUCAUCCUUGCUCUCCCCUUCCAGUACCACCUCUGUAAUGGUGUGAGGCAUCUGGUUUGGGACCUUGGCUACGGCUUCACCCUCCGCACCCUCUACCAGACGGGCUAUGCGGUCGUUGGGAUCUCCCUGGCCCUGGCCCUCAUUGCGGCCGCUCUCUGAAGGGGAGGCGGAAGGGAAACACUCACAAGGGAGAUUGGGGUGGGAAGACGCAGCAAGAUAGAAGGGAGAGGGAUACCUAGAAGAGAAGAAAUGGGAUAAAAAAAAAAGGGAAGAGGAAGAGAAAUAGGAAGGAAUAGGGGUUAAA